UUUUUUUAUCUCGUAAAACCUUGUAUUGUGGUGGCUUUUCUCAUAAAGAAAAAAAAGGGGAAAUUCAUUUUUUUAAAUUUUGGAUUAUAAAUUUUUAAUUUAAUUGCAUAAAUGGAAUUAGCAAAGAAAAGAUAUAAGGGUGGUAGAGGACCGGUUUUAAGAUCUAGCGAUCGACGUCGUCCUCAAACAACUUCAACAUCUCCAGUAUCACAUCGUGUUAUGUUAUCACGUUUAUCAUAUCAAGUAGCAAUAUUAGACCAAAGAAAUACAAGAAGUAGAAGUGGUUAUAAUAUGGGUCAAAAAAAUAGUGGUGGAGUUAAAUCGGUAAGCCGUGAUACACCGGCAGCAUUUAAACCAGUUAUACCAAGAGAAUUGGCAGCUGAUUUUACAAGACCAGCUAGAUUAGAUAUAUUAUUGGAUAUGCCAAUAGUAACACGUGAAACACAAUUAAAAUUUUCAUGGAAUGGUGAAGAUAGAUCAUUAAAUAUAUUUGUUAAAGAAGAUGAUAAAUUAACAUUUCAUCGGCAUCCAGUAGCACAAAGUACAGAUUGUAUAAGGGGGAAAGUUGGUUUUACAAAAGGUUUACAUGUAUGGGAAGUAUAUUGGCCAACACGACAACGUGGUACACAUGCUGUUGUUGGUGUUGCAACAUCAGAAGCAGCAUUACAUUCUGUAGGUUAUCAAAGUUUAGUUGGUUCAACAGAUCAAAGUUGGGGUUGGGAUUUAGGUAGAAAUAAAUUAUAUCAUGAUUCUAAAAAUUGUGCUGGUAUUACAUAUCCAGCAAUAUUAAAACAAGAUGAAGCCUUUUUAGUACCAGAUAAAUUUUUAGUAGCACUUGAUAUGGAUGAAGGUACAUUAAGUUUUAUAGUUGAUGGUCAAUAUUUAGGAGUUGCAUUUAGGGGUUUAAAAGGAAAAAAAUUAUAUCCAAUAGUAUCAGCUGUAUGGGGUCAUUGUGAAAUUACAAUGAAAUAUAUAGGGGGAUUAGAUCCUGAACCAUUACCACUUAUGGAUCUCUGCAGACGUGUUAUACGUCAAAAAAUAGGACGAAAUCAUUUAGAAGAACGAAUUCAAGAACUGCAAUUACCUCAAUCAAUGAAAACUUAUUUACUUUAUAGAGAUCGUAGAUAAUAAUAUGUUUGUCGUCGCCGUUGUCUGAUAUAAAAGCAAUGUGUAUGAAUGUUUAAUUUUAUUUUUUUUAUUUUAAUUUUAAACAACAAGAUUUUCGCGGUAAUAAUAAUUAUAAUUAUACAUAUAUUUAAUACUAGUUUUUAUAAAUACAUUAUAAAACACACAAAUAAACAAAAAAAAAAAACAAAAAUUAAAAAGAAAAAAAAAAAAUAUUAAAUAACAUCGAAAGAAAAAAAAGAAACACAAAAAUAAUAUAAAAAAUU